AGCUUGCCUUUCAUAACCAGAGUUUGAAUAAAUAGUUGCUGUGAAACAACCCCGCAUAGAUCCCAUCUCGACACUCUGGAACUAUGUAAGUACAACUUUUCUGAUGUGUUUGAAAAUUAUGCAAUGUCAGCGUAUUAGUGUGUGAACUUUUCUGUAGAGAUUUUCACUUGAUAAACAAAAACAGCUUGAUGAGUCUUAGCGUUGGCUGAAAAUACUCCACAUGUGUCUCUCAGGAUUCUUCUUUCGGGGCUUGUUGGUGUCCUGCUGGUGCUGACAGCUGAGGCCAGAGUUGGGUAAGAAGCUUCACUUUCAACUCUUCACUUUAGUAAAUUUCUACAUUUGAUCAAAAUUAGAGUAAAAAGUUUUGACAUCAUCAAAUUAAGAUAGAUGAAUAAGAAAUUGAAGAUAUAAAUGAUUAUUUUCCCACAUCCUUGCAUGUUUUGCUUUAUUCCAACAGAAAGUCAUCUGAGAGUGAGUUCUGCACUGAGACAGAGGAAUGCCUGAUGUUUAAGAGGAUCUGUGAAACUUACGAGUAUGAGGUAUGAGUUUCUUGACUGCAGACAAAAGAGUGACAUUUCAGGUGAAAGAAACUUUUCAAAGGCUGUGGUGCAAUAUUUGUUUGUGCCUCUCAGGUCCGGGAGUACGGCCCUGCAAAAUGGGUGUCCACAGAGGUAGAGGCCUGGUUCUUGGAUUAUGCAACAUAUCAAGCAUUUUGGCGACUGUAUGGUUACAUUACCGGUGAAAAUCAUGAGGGUGUGUAUGUCCACUACUAAAUUAUCUAAUCAUAUGUUUAAUUGAAACUGGUUUCUUAAUGAGAUUAAGAUAAAUUUAUGAAUAAGAAGGACCAUUGUUUAAGCAAACCACUUGAAACCCUCUCAUGACAUCCUCUCCCUCUGUUCAUUUGCAGGAAAGAAUAUUGAAAUGACAAGUCCUGUUCUUGUGGAAAUUCUGAAAAAUGGUGUCUAUAAAAUGAGUUUCUUGCUGCCAAGUGAAUUUCAGAGAAAUCCCCCAAAGCCUACUGAUAAGAAGGUAAUCAUGUCGGAACAUUCAAACGCGUCAAUCUUCAUUUGGCCUUAUAACCAUGUUGAUUAAGCUGUGAAGUUUACCUUCAGCUCCAGAAGACCAUGAAACUUGGUUGUCUUUCAGGUGUACCUCAUUGACAUGCCCGGGAAGAUAGUGUAUGUAAGGAGCUUUGGAGGAUGGCUCACACACAUAACUGAUGUUUACCAUUCUUACAAACUGUCCAGUGCCCUUGACAGUAGUGGUGCAAUGUACCAAAAAUCUCCUCGCUAUGCUGUCGGCUAUAACAGGUAACAGAUUAAUUACGUAUUACAGACAAAGAAUAUUAAUUUGAAAUUUUUGUCAUAGUAUACUAUAACACUUUUACCAUAUUAUACUAUGACAUUUUUUUCAAGCUAAAAUUUGGAAUUUUUACCAUACUAUACUAUGACAUUUUUUUUCACACAAAAAUUUGAAUUUUUUAUUAAUCUAUCUGAUGACAUUUUUUCAUACUAUCACAAUUUUAUGACACUGUUAUCAUACUAUACUAUGACACUUUUAGUACACCAUAGUAUGACAUUUUAUUUAUACUAAAAUGUCAAAUUUUUAUCAUGCUAUGCUAUGACAUUUUUAUCAUCCUAUAUAAUGACAUUUUUUACACCAAAAUUUUAAGUUACUAUUAUUCUAUAGUGAUAUUUUUGUUAAACUAUACUUUUACAUUUUUUUCGUACUAAAAUGUACAAUUUUUAUCAUACGAUACUAUGACAUAUUUUUCAUACAAAAACAAAAAAAUUGUAUCAAACUAUAAUAUGACUCUUUUGUACUUCAAUGUACAUUUGUAUUAAACUGCUCCAUGAAAUUUUUUCAUACUUAACUAUGACAUUUUUUCACACUUAAAGUUGAAUCUUUUAUCAUUCUAUACGAUGAAAUUUUUUCAUACCCAACUUGUGAACAUUUUUCAAACUAUACGGUGACAUUUUUCACAAACUAUUAUAUCAAUUUUUGUCAUACUAUACUAUGACAUUUUUGUCUUUUUUUACAAUGGCAUUUUUUCAUAAUUUUUUUUUUAUUUUUUUAUUGUACCACAAAAUUAAAUUUUUAUCAUACUAUACAGUGAUAUUCAUUCAAACUAAAAUUUGACAUUUUUACCAUACUAUACUGUGACAUUUUUAUCAUACUACACUAAAACUUUUUUAUAUGACAUUUUAUCAAACUAUCACUUUUUUUUUUUGCACUAAAAUAUAAAAUUUUUAUUAUGCUGUGCAUAGAUGGAGAACUUUGUUUUCUAGUAACGAUUUUAUUCUCUCUCUCUCUCUCUCUCUCUCUCUCUCUCUCUCUCUCUCUCUCUCUUUUUGUGUGUGUGUUUGUGUGCGCUUUUGUUUUCUACAGUCCAAUGACGCUGUUCGACAGGCACAAUGAGGUGUGGUACAUGGCUGAGGGUAAGCCAGUAUGUCCCAGCCCCGGGGAGCAGUUGUUGUCGGAUUGAAAAUUUCGAGUCCUGUUCAAUGACAGUUUACAGCACACAGUGUAUACGUAGCAGUAGCCCCUGUUAAAGUCUUAUCAUAUGUAUCAUUACUUUACAGUAAAAUGACUGAUUAGAAGAUUUUUUUUUUUUUUUUUUACGUGAAUAAACUGAACACACUGUGUGCUAUUUGUUACUUUGGGUCUUUACUGGCUUCUCUAAUGAUUUUCUGGUGAAUUCAAUAAAGUUAUCCUUUGCAUUCAUUUUUUUCUUGGUCUUAAUCAUUCAAAGUCAUCCUCAUGGAGCCUGAAUGAAUUGUGUCCUUACCAAAAUGUUAAACGCAUUGUUGUAAAAUUACUGCAGAGUCACUUAUUUUUAAAAUGCUGUUAACCUCUGAUACCAUUAGAUUAUGCUACUUAUCAAUUUCUGCCAAGAAUAAAAAUAGUGCAAAGAAAUAAAUCUGUCACUUCA